AUGGGUAAAAAGAGACGUGGCCCUUCCCUGGACGAGCUCCUGGCUCGUCCAUGGUGCUAUUACUGCGAGCGCGAUUUCGAUGACUUGAAGAUUCUCACACUGCAUCAAAAAGCGAAGCAUUUUAAAUGCGACAAGUGUGGUCGCCGACUUAAUACCGCUGGAGGAUUGUCAGUUCACAUGAGCCAAGUCCACAAGGAGCAGCUCAUUGAGAUUGAGAAUGCACUGCCGAAUCGGGCAGGUCUUGAUGUGGAGAUCUUCGGUAUGGAGGGAGUUCCUGACGAUGUGCUGCACGCUCAUCAGCAGCGCGUUGCCGCGCAAUUUGCCCAGGCUGAGGCCGAGCGCCAGGCAGCUACCGGUAACCCACCUUCAGGCAGCGGAGGUGGACAACCGGCGAAAAAGCCAAAGCUGGAGGACAUGUCGGAAAUGAAGAGGCGAUUGGCGGAACAUCGAGCAAAGAAGGCAGAGGGCGCUGCUGGUGGCAGUAGCGGAUCAGCGACCCCUGCAAGCUCUGGACCGCCUGCUCCACAGGCCACUAAGACCGAGGAUGCAUAUGGACAAUCUCCCGUUGCACCUGCGGCUGUUCCUGCACCUUCUGUGGCUGCGCAACCAUAUUCUUACCCCCCCACCGUUCCCGGUAUUGCUGCGCCUUAUCCUCCCGCCGGAUACCCUCCUCAGAUGCCUGCAUACCCUCCUGCUCCCGUCUAUGGAGCUCCUCCUUUCCCCCAGCACCCUAUAUCCGCUGAUUCAACCCCACCCUCACGACCCGGUAGUAUCCCUACUCCCUCUGGCCUCCCACAACGCCCAGCCUUUGGUGCACCUGCAGUCAAUGCGCAACAGAUGCAGCAGAUGCACAUGGGCCACACUGUGCCACCGGCAACUGGCCACGCAAAUGGAGACACUGCUGGAGAGGUCUCCUCGUUGGUCAAUGAUCUAAUCUCGGAUGCGGCGAACGCGGCGAAGGAUGCGACAGAGAAGCCGACCAAGAAGGAUAAAUCCAAGGCCACGAGAAUGGUAUACCUCCACGACACAAUCAGUCCCGAAGAGAAAAUGUCUCAACUCCCACGGUACGCCUUCGACCGCCAAAAAUUCCCACAGGAAACAGUGCUCGACAACGGCCCUGACGCCACGGUAGCGGGAAGGGUCCGCGAUUCGGAUACGGUGCUCGAUCCGGCGCACUAG